AUUUGGCACCUGGGCAGGGAAUUUCUAGAAUGCAGACUGAUGAACUUGAUCCUGAUGAUGAAGAAUUACAGAGAAUUCAAGACCCUGUUACUGUCUUUUGUAGUCGUCUGCAGAAGGCCAUUAAGAUGUUGCGAUCUGAAGUUUAUCCUUUGGAGGCUGGCACAGUCUUGCAAUUUUUUUUAAAGAUAAUUUGGAAUGUCUUUGAAAGCCCAGAUAAAACGAAAUUCAAAAGACUCCGCACGGCUAAUCCCAUAAUUCAAAGACAUGCUGCAAAUUAUAAAGCUGCCAUGGAGAUUCUUUCAUUGAUUGGUUUCCAUGAAGAUGUUGCGUUGGAUGGAAUUGGGAAGACGGAAACUUCUUUAGUGUUGAAGCGGAAUGAUCCAGGCUUCUCUUGGCUUGCCAAAUCCUCCCUAGAGACUUGCAUUGUAUGUGGAGUAGCAGUUGCAGUACAAUGAAGAUUUAUAACAGAAAAGUGUGGAGAAUAACUGUGGUAUACGUAUAAAUCUUGUAUUCUGUUGUGUAUAAAUACAUUUUAGAGUUCCAGAAUUGUAUUUUCAAUGUUGUGACAGAUUUUCAGGUAAAUAUUACAUGGUGAUAAAGGCUUGGGUUUUUUUUAAAAAAAGU